AAAAGAACAAAAAAAUCCUGGAUGGAGUGUAAAAUAAAUAAAAUUUUGGACAUUAAUAAAUUAUUACAUCACUGUCAAAACUGAGGCUCCAAACGAGAGAGACCUGACAAAUGAAGGAUUACAGACAAGAACAAUAUUUAAGCUGUAGAUCGAGGGGAACUUCAUUAUUUAUUUUAAUUAAACUUUGUUUGCUAUUUUGUUAUUAUUGCUAUUAUCAUUAUUUUUUUAAUGUUUUCACAUGCCUGUACUGUACUGUAAAUCAAUUUGGCAAAGCAAGAAAAACAAAAAAGUCCAUGGUUUUACGAGAGCUGACAACUAACAACUUACAAUUUAGAACUUAGAAAAGGUCUGCGACUGUGCCUCUACGUUUCUAGCAAUAUUUUCUAUUAAAAAAAGAAAAAAAGACCCUUUGAAUCUUAUGCAUAGUAAAAUGUUGAAUAUCAUAAAUCAUGAUGUUAUGGUUAAUGCUAAAUCAGAUUAAGUUUAAUGAUAUGAGUUUUGAAGCGUUGUUUCAGCCUAAAGUGCGUAGUCUAAACAGGGAGAUGAGAAAGACUUAGGCAACCAACAAGACGGUGUCUUGUUCGUCAAAGUUGCUUACGAUUUGUGGGAGUGACCCCACAAUCCGUGUCCUUCCUCUGGGUCCUCCUGGGUGAGCUUUGAAUCCAAAACAUUACACCACCUACAUGGAGACCUAACUGUAGAAUAUAGGAAUUAGACAGGUAUUCGUAGUGUACCAUCAAUUUGAUUUGGUAAAUUGAAUCGAUGGCAACCACAUCAUCACCUCCACAAUCUUCUCCUCCAGCUCCGUCGCCAGCUUCUGCUAUCAGUCCACCACCUAGCACUCCUCCUCCGGCUAAUGCUAUCCCGCCACCCUCUCAAUCUCAAUCUCCACCUCCGGAUGUUUCUACAGCUCCACCUCCACUCACCUUGUCACCACCAUCCCCUGCUGAAUCUUCACCUCCACCCCUGCAGGCCUCCCCUCCUCCCCCACCUAUUUCACCCACUUCCCCUCCUUCCACUUCCACUUCUCCACCGCCUUCGCCACCACCAUCAAGCCCGCCACCUAGUCCUCCACCAUCUGCACCCAGGCCAUCACCUCCACCUCCACCUCCACAAACUCCAUCACUACCUCAACCAACACCAUCUACUCAACCGCCUGUUCCUUCACAACCACCGCCAGCACCGCCGCCGCGACCGCCACCACCUGUUAGUUCACCGCCUCCAUCAUCACAACCUUCCCCUUCAACGCCACCACCAUCACAACCUCCCCUUUCAACGCCACCACCAUCACGAUCUCCACCACCAAAUCCACCGCCACCACCAUCACAAACUCCGCCAACAGAACCACCAAAUUCCCGUCCUCCGCCAUCUUCAAUAUCUCCUGCCCCAACAUCUCCCUCUAAGCGUACACCACCCAGUUCUCAACCAACACCUUCACCCUCUAAUUCUACUCCAAGCUCAUCUCCACCACCAUCUAUAUCAAGAUUAUCACCUCCUCCUCCUCCUCCUCAAGUUUUGACUCCACCAACUGAUAAUCGGACUGUAAAUGCUCCUGGUCCAAGUGCACCAGAAAGUUCAGACUCAGGUAAUGAUGGCAUUGGUGUAGGAGGUGCAGUUGCUAUAGGAGUAGCUGUAGGGAUCAUUGUGCUUAGCCUUAUUGGGCUGGCUGUCUGGUGCUUGAGGAGGCAGAAGAAAAAGAAGCUUACUCGAGUUAAUGGUGGUUAUGUUAUGCCAUCCCCACUAGGCACUUCCCCGAGAUCAGAUUCAUCCCCUACAAAGACACAUUCUUCUGCUCCUCUUAUUGGAAGUAGUUCUGGAAGUGAUUUUGUGCAUUCACCACCGAUGAUGCCGGAACCUGGUGGCUUAGGCAAUUCAAAGACAUGGUUUACAUAUGAAGAAUUAACCAUCGCUACGAAUGGUUUUUCAGACCAAAAUCUUUUGGGUGAAGGUGGAUUUGGGGCUGUUUAUAAAGGUUGCUUACCAGAUGGAAGAGAGGUGGCAGUGAAGCAGCUAAAAAUUGGUGGGGGACAGGGUGAACGAGAAUUUAAAGCUGAGGUUGCUAUUAUUAGUCGUAUACACCAUCGCCAUUUGGUUUCACUUGUCGGUUACUGCAUCUCUGAGAACCGGAGACUGCUCAUAUAUGAUUAUGUCCCUAAUAAUACCCUUUAUUUCCAUCUUCACGGAGAAGGUAUGCCAGUUUUGGAUUGGGCAACACGUCUUAAAAUUGCUGCUGGUGCAGCUCGUGGGAUAGCUUAUCUCCAUGAAGACUGUCAUCCUCGUAUUAUUCAUAGGGAUAUCAAAUCGUCAAACAUUCUUUUAGAUAACAACUUUGAAGCUCAGGUUUCCGACUUUGGACUUGCCAAGUUAGCUCUGGAUGCAAAUACACAUGUAACAACACGUGUUAUGGGAACUUUUGGAUACAUGGCCCCUGAAUAUGCAUCAAGUGGUAAAUUGACUGAGAAAUCUGAUGUAUUUUCCUUUGGAGUCGUGCUUUUGGAGCUAAUUACUGGACGAAAGCCUGUAGAUGCAUCUCAACCUCUUGGUGAUGAAAGUCUAGUUGAAUGGGCCCGGCCUUUACUGAGUCAUGCACUGGAUAGUGAGGAAUUUGGGUGUUUAGCAGAUCCAAAGCUUGGUGGAAACUAUGUUGAAAGUGAAAUGUUUAGGAUGAUCGAGGCUGCCACAGCAUGUGUGCGGCAUUCUGCUGCAAAAAGACCACGGAUGGGACAGAUUGUGAGAGCUUUUGAAAGUUUGGCCACCUCAGAUCUGAGCAAUGGAAUGAAAGUAGGUGAAAGUGAGGUAUUUAACUCAGCACAGCAAUCUGAAGAAAUCAGAUGGUUUCGGAGGAUGGCUUUUGGCAGUCAAAAUUACAGUACAGAUUAUUUUAGCGAAAAUAGCAUUAGCAGGGGUAGUUGAAGAAGAAUAUGAUCGAGUAUUGACCAGGGAUGAGGCUGAGCAAUUUCAGAGCUGCAUGGAUGCCAAUUUGAAUUGGUAUGGCUGCUGGAGUUUUGGUUUUCAGCUGCGGGUCUCUGGAAUUUUACAGCACCAAGAUGUGGAGAUAGUUUUAGACUCUCCAAUAUAUUGUAAGGUGUAACUAGGUCCUGUUAUAGUUUCCAUGAAAUAUCAUUUAUGUAUAUUAUUAUUUGUUUUUUUGGGUUCUCCCCAUUCAGCCAUUUAACUGCUAUUCUUUUGUGUUCUAAAUAGUUGAUGCCAAUUUUGUUCCAGCCGAAGUUAAAGCUACAAUAAAGCUUGAAUGCAAAUUUGCUAAGAUAA